AUGGAAGCUACUAUGCGACGCAAGUUGGCUGCCCUCUCCAUGCGACCGGGAGACGAUGUGAAGCCGGUCCUUGACAAGAUCAAGGACACUUAUGCGAGGAUGGCAGCGGCGGGCAGCAAGGUGUCGCAGAUGCAGCAGUGCACGAAGAUCAUCUCGGUGCUAGACAACUCGUGGGACAACCUUAUCCCCACCCUCAACACUGAACAGGACCAGUGGACACCUGAGUGGCUACGGCAGCAGAUUCUGCAGGAGGACUUCCGCAGUUGCCAUACGAGAGGCGGUGCUGCCAACAAGACUGCUGAGGGGUACGGAGCUGCAGGCGGCAGCGGAGGAAGAGGGGGUGGAAGAGGCCGAGGCCGUGGGAGAGGCUUUGGCAGAGAGAGAGGUCUAGAUGACUACAAUGAGGGGCAUGGGAGCUCUGGUGGCAGGGGGAGCACCCGAAUGGAGGGAGCUUGCUGGUACUGCAAGAAGGCUGGACACCCGUGGUUCAAGUGUUUCAGCCGGCCUGAGGGAUGGGCGCCUCCAGGCAUGAAGCCGCCAAGUAAUGAACGUGCAAACGGUGGUGCUAUCAAGUUUGUGGCUGCCGCUUCAGGUGCUUUGCUCCCUGUGAUUGGUGUUGGGAAUGCUAAGGUGAUGGGAGCCAAUGGGGAGCUUGUGGGGCUUGGAAAUAUACUGUUGUGUGAAGCCUAUUUGGAGGAGAAGAGCAGCUGCAUCAAGGACCUGUGGCAGCUGCCCAUCAUCCCUUGGAACAGGAAACCUCUAGCAACGGCCACGGCAGCAGCAACGGCUAAGGAAACUGUGGGAGGAGAGGAGACUCCACUAACUGAUGGGGCACUGGAUGCAGUCAAAAAGGUGCAGCAGCCACAUGGUGAGGUACUUCCUGGUAUGGAUGCGACAGCUGCAUGGGUAAAGACUUCAUCUGGGAACGGUGAGGCCGAUUGGGAGACGUGGCACGAGAGGUUGUGCCACAUCAACAUCCCAAUGCUGCAAAAAUUGGUUAAGGAUGGGAGCUUGAAGGGAUUGGAGGUGAAGGGGGCAACAAAGAAGAUUGGAAUCUGCCCUACAUGCCUUGAGACCAAGUUCACGGAGUUUCCUUUCAACAGCAGCACAAGACAAACCAAGGCUCCACUUGCACUUGUGCACAUGGAUGUGACUGUUCUUAUGGAGUGGAUGCCGAAAGCACAAAGGGAGAGGGGACAUAAGAUGAAGGUGAUCCUUACAGACAACGGAGGAGAGUUUAUUGGAAAUGAAUUUGAGGCGGUGCUGAAGAAGAAAGGGAUCCAGCAUCAGCUCACAGUGCCCUACAACCCUCAGCAGAAAGGCGUGGCUGAGCGGUUCAACCAGACCCUGCAGGAAUGUGCCCGCACUCUCCUUGGGCGUGCAGGGCUGCCGGAUCCGUUUUGGGUGACUGCACUGAGGCAGGUCGCUCUUGUGAAGAACAAGGUGCUGGCGACUGUGGGGGAGAAGCAGUGGGUCCCCUACACCCAGCAGUGGUGA